AUGGCCACGCAGAUCCCCCAGAGGUCUGCCAAGAGACAGCGUCUCGCAAACGAAAAGGCCGCUCGCGAGGCGGCUCUGCUGCAGGCGCAAGGGCAGCUUGGCCCUUCGACAGAGACGCUCGUCAUUCAGUUCCAGUCCGGUCAAGAUGGCUCCUUGCUCGGGCCCACCAUCAACUUGCCGGCAUCGACAGGACAGAAGGAACUUCAGGCUAUCAUCAACCAGCUCAGACGACAGCUCAAGCAGGCACAAGGCCCUAGAAAGCGCUCAAUAGACGAUCCAGAAGCCAGCUCAGACGACGAUGAUGAUGACGAAGACCUGCCUUACGCUUUCCAUGUCGAUCUUCAGCAGCUCACCGCUAGUGCAGGCGUUGAAAUCGAGUCCAAGGAGGAGCUGGUCAAGAGCAACGCACGUCUGCCCAUCAACGACUCGCUCACCCAAGAUGUGCUCAACGCACAAGCCGCGAAGAAGCUCGGUCUCAGCCAGGAAGAUACCCUCACCGUCGUAUUCGAGCCCCAGGCUGUUUUCAAGGUGCGACCCGUCAGUCGAUGUUCUAGUACCAUGAGUGGUCACGCUUCUCCCAUCCUUUGCAGUACGUUUUCACCAACUGGCUCGCUCCUUGCGACGGGUGCCGGUGACAAGACCGCGCGUCUGUGGGAUCUCGACACCGAGACGCCAAUGCACACGCUCGUCGGCCACUCGAACUGGGUGCUGUGUGCCGAGUGGGAAGGACGGGAGCGCAAGCUCGCUACCGGUGGAAUGGAUGGAGAGGUAUGGAUCUGGGAAGCGCUCGAUUCUGCUUUCACCGGCCGCAAGGGCUGGCUUUCGCGAACCGGCAAGCAGGUGGAUGACGAGUGGCAGGCCGAGCAAGUGCACCAAGACAACGCCGAAACUGGCGAAGCAGAUGGAAAGCCCGCAAAGAUGGGCGUCAAGCAACGCAGAGCAGCGCGCAACGCAGCGCCACAGGGCAACCCGCUGCGUGGACACACCAAAUGGAUCACGUCGCUCUCAUGGGAACCUAUCCAUGUGAACCCUACCAACCCGCGUCUGGCCUCAUCGUCCAAAGACGGCACUGUUCGAGUCUGGAACCCGACGCUGCGCAGGUGUGAGUAUGUGCUCGGUGGUCAUACCGCCUCGGUCAACUGCGUGCGCUGGGGCGGAGAGGGCGCCAUCUACACUGCCUCUUCCGAUCGUACUGUCAAAGUAUGGUCGGCCGACGGCGGCAAGCUGAUCCGCAACCUCAACGAGCACGCGCACUGGGUCAAUACCAUCGCUCUCUCCACCGAUUUUAUCCUCCGAACUGGUCCAUUCGAUCACACGGGUCGCGCUACUUCUUCUUCCAGCUCAACCCCCUCGUACGUCCAGCCCCUCGACCAAGAUGCCAAGGCGUCCGCUCUGAAACGAUACAAAGAAGCCACAGGUAACGGUGCCACGCCUGAAACCAUCAUCACAGGCUCCGACGAUCACACGCUGUUCCUCUGGCCUCCGCAGAUCAACGGGUCCGCGUCUACACCCAAAAAGCCCAUCGCCCGCCUCACCGGCCACCAAAAGACCGUCAACCACGUCGCCUUUUCUCCGGACGGCAAGAAGAUCGCCUCAGCUUCGUUCGACAACAGCGUCAAGCUCUGGGACGCGCAGACGGGCAAGUUCAUCGCUACCUUGCGAGGGCAUGUCGCAGCGGUGUACAGAUUGGCGUGGUCAAGCGACUCGAGGCUGCUCGUCUCUGCAAGCAAGGAUUCGACGCUCAAGCUUUGGGAUCCCAUCAAGACGUUCAAGAUCCGCAAGGAUCUGCCAGGGCAUACAGACGAGGUGUACUGUGUCGACUUUGUCGCUGAUAAAGUGGCGAGUGGUGGGCGGGACAAGAAUGUCAAGAUCUGGCGUCAUUGA